AUGCCCAGUCUUCCGCUGGAAGUGCUCAAACUCAUAGUAGAGUUUCUGGACCCGCACGACUUGGCAUCUGCAUUGCAUGCCAUUCCUGGCAUAGCCUCCAUUCUCUCCAGUGAAUACCUUCAUCUACAGAUUAAUGAUCGAAGGGAGACAGUAUUUCACCUGCUUGCAAGGACCGGUAACGAAGUAUCGAUCAAGUUAUUCCUCGUCAAGAAGUCUAUUCCUCUUGAUGUUAAAGAUGAAAGAGGUUUAUCGCCACUUUCCUGGGCCGCAAAGUGUGGCCAUGCGGGCAUUGUACGACUUUUGAUCGGAUGUAGUGAUGUUGAAUCUAAGUGUCUGCAUGGCUGGACACCUUUAUCACUCGCUGCUCGAAUGGGGCAUGAAUCAGUCGUGUCGGCCUUACUCUCUUGUGAAAGUGUAGACCCAGACAGUCGGGAUAGGUGGAAUUGUACACCUUUAUAUUAUGCCGCGGGGAAUGGCCAUCUGGGAAUCGUGGAGCUUCUACUGGAAAAGGGCGCAAAUCCAGUCAUGAGUGAUUCGAGGGGCUGGACACCCCUAGCUAGGGCUGCUCAAGAGGGGCUUGCAGACAUUGUCAAACUUCUUAUCCAGCACUCCAGAUUGGCUACGGAUCGGGCAGAUUUUGAAGGCAGGACACCCUUAUCGCAUGCCGCAGAAGAGGGUCAUUAUGAGGUGGUGCAACUGCUCUUAGCGCAGGAGGAUGUUAAUGUGGAUUCUCGCGACGCAGAUGGACGCACACCACUUGCAUGGGCAGCCCGUGGAGGCCAUGCAGAGGUAGUGAAGGUACUUCUUGACCGUGGGGAUGUUGAAGCUGACUCCAAGUGCAAUUUUUAUUGGACUCCGCUGUCCCGAGCAUCGCAGGAGGGCCAUGAAAAAGUAGUGAAACUCCUUGUUGCGCGAUGUGAAGUUAAUGUUCAUGUACAAGACGACCAGGGACACACGCCGCUUGAUCAUGCCUCUGCAGGAGGCCACCGGGGUGUCCAAAAGCUACUUCUGGCGCGAAUUCAAACGGAUGCAUCGUCUUCACAAGCAUAA